GGUAUUUGAAAUAAGCCGUGCAGCAAUUGACGGCGGCACUACCUAGUCUACGUCAGGACAGUCCGUAUUACUCAGCUCCGCUGCACCGAUUCCGACGCCGGAUCACGAUACCUUGACGAUUUUCGCAUUUGCAUCAUGUACAAUACGCUUAAAUAUACUUAAAUCUUAAGCCAACUCGGCUAGUUACUACCGUACGCUUGGUAUCCAUUACCUAGGUUCUGCAUCUAUCAUUUAUGACUCUCCGGUUGCUAUCCCUACCUGAUAUUCGCCCCUCGUAUUGUUGAGGCUGUGUCUUCUAUCUAUCCUACACGAAACAUCCCCUCUUUUUUACUCUUUAUAUAUACUCGACCCCUGCCUACAUAAUGCUGUCCCAGGAUCUCUCCGACAGCCGCCGCAGCAGCGACAGCAGCAGCCCUCCAACCCGAUUCGCCGUCGCGCUAUACCCGGGGUUCCAAGCCCUAGACGUGUUCGGGCCGCUCGACAUCCUGAACAUGCUAUCCCAGACCCGCCCCUUAGCCCUGGAGAUCUUAUCCGCCACGCUCGACCCGGUCCCGACGCUGACCCCGUCCUCGGGCCACACCACGGGCCAGUCCGUCUUGCCCACGCGCACCUUUGCCGAUGCCGCGGACGACAUCGAGGUCCUGCUCGUCCCCGGCGGCUUCGGCUCUCGCGACCCGGCUAACGUCGCGCCCGUCGUCGAGUUCGUGCGCAAGGCGUAUCCGCGCCUUCGGUACCUGCUGACGGUGUGCACGGGCAGCGCGGUGGUAGCCUCGUCGGGGAUUCUAGACGGGCGCCGCGCGACUUCGAAUAAGAGGGCAUGGGAGUGGGCCACGGCGCAGGGCCCGCGGGUCAACUGGGUGCGCCGCGCGCGCUGGGUGGUGGACGGCAACGUCUGGACGUCGUCGGGCGUGUCCGCGGGCAUCGACAUGAUGUACGCCUUCGUCGCGGACCGGUACGGCGAGGACGUCGCGCAGACCCUGGCCGACGCGUCCGAGUACGUCCGGAACACGGACCCGGAGUGGGAUCCGUUUGCCGGGGAAGCAGAGAACGGAGCUGCGAAGUAAGGGGGGUUUGGGGGAGGGCCGUCUAAUUAGGGUUGUGUCUGUGCUUGCUUGCUGCUCGGUACCUAACCUAGGACGACGUGAGAAGAGAGGGGGGGUCUGUGUAAAGGGAGUCAGUCAUACAUGAUAUCACUACCUACUGUAGCGAAUACGAUAUAUACCUAGGCCCUAGGCAAUCAAUAAACUUUCAACCGAUCAAACUGUCGUCGGGGCAUGUCGUUUGCUAAGUUAGGUACCUACCUAGACCUAAUAAAAU